UACAUUUGUACAUGAAAGUAUUUUUAUACGUAAUUUUGAUUGUCAUUUCCAAUAUUGCAAACAUUACUGUUACAUUGCGAGUAAAUUUAUGAAGAUUUUAAAAAAUAUUUAUAUUUUGAAUAUAGAACAAAAAUUUAACUUUCUAUUGUACACAUUUUAUUCUUCAACAAAAUCUUUUCACAAUGACACAUUGCAAUUGUGGAGCGGCACAUGAGGAAGAAAAUUUGGGUAUACAAUAUAAUUUGUAUGAAAAAAUUGAUAUAUUAAAUGUUGAGUGUUUAAAUGAAUGUGAGGAAGGUAGCGGAUCUACUGUCUUUAAACCCUGGGAAGACAGGUUAAAUAGAAGUAAAUAUGUGGAAAGUGACGUGGACAAUGAUGUUAAUGAACUUUUAUUUAACAUUCCCUUCACAGGAAAUAUAAAAUUAAAAGGCCUGAUUGUCAUUGGAGGUGAAGAUGAACUUCACCCAAGCAAAGUGAGUUUAUAUAAAAAUCGACCACACAUGACAUUUGAUAAUGUGGUACAACCUGAACAGGAAUUUGAACUUUGUGUGGAUACGUAUGGAGUACAUCAGUAUUUCCCUAAGGUGGUAAAAUUUUCAUCUGUAAAUCAUUUAAGUUUACAUUUUACGGGACGCGAAGGACAGGAUAAAAUAAAAAUUUAUUAUAUUGGAUUAAAAGGGGAAUGGACACCUGCACAUCAACAUGGAGUCACUAUUUGUACUUAUGAAUUAUUACCACAGAAAAGUGAAGAACUGAAGGACAACAGAGAAGUUGACAGAGCAAUUGGUUGAUUAUAUAACAUUAAACUAAUAAAAUGUGCAUUUUGUUUUGUGAAU